AUGCAAACAACCUCCUCGAGCGAAAACUCUUUCUUGGCUGAUCAUACAACACUAUCAUACAAUGAUUCUUCAAUAGUAUCGGAAUCAUCAAGUGCUAUUUUGUCAAGUUUAUUCAUGUUGGCAAUUUCGUUAGGAGUUUAUUCCUUAUCACAAAGAACCACUUCUACAAAAACUAGUAAAAAAUCGAAAAAGUUAAAAGAGGAACAAGGCAAUCAGGAAAUAGAUCAAAGAUUUAAACAAAGUAAGAAACCAACAAAGGAGGAAAAGAAAAUAGCCAGAGAACUCUACAAAAAUAGAAAACCAAAAUCAAUUGACCAAGUUUUGUGUCAGAAAAAAAUGGAUUUAAUCAAAAACAAACAAAAAUCACUAUCAUAUGGAAAAGAAUUGGCUUCAUGUCUAGGUGAAAGAAGAUUUAUUAAUCAAAAGAAAUGGAACUGCUUAUCCAGACCACAAUACAAGUAUUCUUGUGGAAUUAGCUCACUAACAUCUGUUUGGAAUUUUCUCUUCUCAUCAUUAGGCGAGGGAAGUUUACCACCACUCACUCAAGAAGAAGUUCUUUUAAUACUUGGAUUUAGUGAACCAUUCGAACAAAUAAGGUUUGUAGUCAAAUAG